CGCGCCGAACGUCACAACCUGUGCAGCUGUAAAGUGAAUUUAAAUGAGCGCUUCCUGGCGUCUCCGCUAGUCACUUAUCAGCGCCACCAUGAGCGUCCUGUGUCGAGCGCUAACCAGAGGGUUAUUAACCGGAAAGUCGCAGCGGCCGGUGGGAGUCGCAGCUCAGUGUUUUUGUAGCGGCGUGUCGCGGCUGGAUGGCACUCAGCGAGACACCACUGCUCCUUCCGCUACCAGCCCUGUAAACCUGAGCUACGAUGUGUAUGAUGGUAAAGACGACGGCAUUCCACUUGUCUUUCUGCACGGGUUAUUUGGGAGCAAAUCAAACUUCCACUCUAUAGCGAAGUCUCUGGUUCAGAGGACAGGCCGAAAGGUGCUGACAGUAGAUGCUCGUAACCACGGGAAUAGCGUGCACAGCCCAAGUUUGACGUACGAGGCAAUGACUAACGAUCUGAAGCAUCUGCUUAACCAGCUACACAUUGGGAAGUGUAUUCUCAUUGGGCACAGCAUGGGUGGCAAAACUGCAAUGGUUACAGCUUUGUCUCAGCCCAGUUUGGUGGAGCGUCUCGUCGUGGUAGACAUCAGUCCCGUUCCAACGUCAGGUCGUAUCUUCAUGAAAGGCUAUAUUGAGGCUAUGAAGGAGGUGAAGAUACCUAGCAACAUUCCACGCUCGACGGCACGCAGGGUGGCUGAAGAUCAGCUCCGAAAUUAUGUUAAAGAGCACUCAGUUCGGCAUUUCCUUCUCACUAAUCUGGUCGAGAAGAACGGACACUAUGCCUGGAGAAUCAAUUUGGAGGCCAUCUCGAAUCACCUGAUGGACCUCAUGGGUUUCCCUGAGUUUAAUACAACCUAUGAAGGUCCCACCCUCUUUCUGGGUGGCAGUAACUCCGAAUACCUCAGCUCUGAGGAUUACCCUGAAAUCCAGCGUCUCUUUCCGUAUGCAGAUAUCCAGUACAUCCCUGAUGCCAGUCACUGGAUUCAUGCUGACAAACCUCUGGAGCUCAUCAGUUCCAUUAUCACAUUUCUGCAAUCCUAGUCCCUUGACUGACUCACUCCUGAGGUUAACCUUUUUUUUAUUUCAUUUGGAAAAAAAAAAGUUUCUCCUUGACUUCAUACAUACAUACAUACAUACAUACUGUGCAAAAGUGGCGCUCUCACCCAUAUGGUGAAAUUAUGACACGUUCUACAAUUAUAAAGUUUUGUCAUUUUUGAGUUGCCACCAAAAGUGAGAGAAUUAUAUUUAAGUAGAACGGUUUAAAAUGGUAUAGCUUUCUACCCACCUUUUUUCACAUCCUACAGUUGUUUGAUAGACUGACUCCUUACUUAUCAAGACCUUUGCAGAAAGCCUAGACAAGUUUGCAAAGUUUUUCGAAACUCCUUGUGUCAAUAGAAAUUAUCAGUAGAAAACCACAAAUUUGGUCAAAACCAGGUUUUCAGCCAUGGUGGCAUCAGAUGGGUUUUCCCAGGCACUGCACAAACUUGGUCUAUGAAAUAUUCUGUCCACAUUCACUGGAUAUGAGCAAUCGCAUGCUCCGAUUGGCUACUCUACUACUAGGAUAUCAGCUCAUAUACCAUGAGUAAAGAAAGUAACACGCUCCGCCAUUUUGUCUGAACCAACCAAGGACGAUAUAAAAACUCUACUCGAAAACAAAACCCCAAAAAUCGCUAAGAGAGUAAAGCGCACACACACACACGUUCCACACUGGUGGUAAUGCACCUUUUUAAAUUAGGUUGCCAACUGGCAAAAAAAAAAAACCCUAAAGAACAAAACCCCAAAAAGGCAACAAAAUGCGGAAUAAAAGUAUUUGAUGGUAUCUUAUUUUUUAUUUCUUCCAAGAAUUAUUAUAGUAUUUUUCACGAAGAAGAAGCAGCCAAGCCAAGAGGCUUUUGUUUGUUACACGUACACUCAAGCACAGACUUAAGCACACGGUGAAAUUUAACCCAUCUGAAGCAGUGAGCGCACACAUGAGCACACAUAUACCCAGAGCAGUGGGCAGCUAUGCUACAGCGCCCGGGGAGUAGUUGGGGGUUAGGUGCCUUGCUCAAGGGCACUUCAGCCCAACUUCAGGCCAUGGCUGCCCCAUGUUAACCUAAGGCAGCUGGGCCAUAGAAGGUUCACGCUGCAUGCUGCACGCUACACACGUGUAAAGAAAAGUGGACAAACGUAGCAUGACUUGCUCUGGGCCAUAGAACGGCGUUCACGUUGCACGCUGCACACUUCACGCGUGAAGCGAGAAAUGAACAUGCACACUUUUUUUUUCUAGGCAUGAAGAUGGAAAUUCCAGUCAAUGCAUGCGGUCACCGCCGCGCCAGCCAAUCAGAACGGGUCUAGGGAGAUAACUCUAUGCUUUCAGGGGAAAACUUCAGAAAAAAUAUAAUUGAAUGGUAUAAUUGAAAAAUAGUUCUUCAUCGGGAUUGUCAAGCAGAUUAUAGAAUGUUCGGUGAAAUUCACCACGGGUUUCUCUCAGAAGGAAGUGUUCUCGGCUCCAAAUUCUGUUCCUUUUUCUCUUCCUCUGUCUCAGUAAAAGCAGAAUGAGGCAAUCGUCGUCAUCCGAAGAGUCCAUAUUGUUGGUUACUCGGUCAAAGUAGAACAGACGCAACACGUGAACAUCCAAGCAUGAAGUUUAAUGGCCCAGGGUCCGGUUCUUCACGUGAACGUGUAGCGUGCAGCAUGCAGCGUUCAGCGUGAACCUUCUAUGGCCCAGCUGCCUAACCGCAUAUCUUUGGACUGUGGGGGAAACCGAAGCACCUGGAGGAAACCCACACAGACACAGGGAGAACAUGCAAACUCCACACAGAAAGGCCCCUGUUUGCCACUGGACUUGAACCCAGAACCUUCUUGCUGUGAGGCGACAGUGCUAACCACUACACCACCGUGCUGCCCUUUUCACAAAUUGCUACUGUCAUUUCGUCAGUUUGUUUGCAUUCUAAGUGGAAAUGAUUUUGUUGGACAUUUUUGUAUAAAGUUUUUAUUUAUCAAAUUUGCUAGCUAAAUAAAAGUGCUCUGUUUCUCAAAAUCCAGUGAAUGUGGAUAAAAUAAGUUAUUCCACUCAAUCUGGUCAUACAUGGCUUACAGCCAACUCGGUGCUAUGUGCCUCGUCAGCUGUCAGCUCAUGCACAGCUCGAUUUCAUGGAAUAACUGUUAAAUAUUACAAAAAAUACAAAAUUCUGUUACAUUAACUUAAAUCCCAUACACUUUUUUUUUUCUUCUGUCACUCUAAUGCAGUAGGUGUAAAUUGACCAUGGAAGACACAAUUUAACUACAAAUGUAUGAUGCCUGUGACUAUUGCACAAUGCUGUACAUUCGGUUCACUCAGUCAGACAAAUACCCAAUCAGAUGACGUUUCAGGACACGUUUUGUUGCUCAUACUGGAAAAUAAUGCAGCAUAUUAGUAGAUUAGAAUUAUGAUGAACUAGAAGCUAGAUGACUUUCUGACCUUUUAAUAAGACGGUUGAGUUGACCGGGCAGUGAACGCUUGCCUAUCAUCGUUUUCUACACAAUGUUAGUUUUCAUUUCUAAUCGAAUGUUCAAAGAUGCCUAUGCAAUAGUGGCUUUUUUUGGCACUGUUUUUAAUCCGACACGAACCUCUCACUGUCUUAUGCAAGCACUGAGACCCCACUACUGCAGUAGACAUUGAGACAUUUGUGUUUUAUAGAUACUAUUUUUGGAAGCACUGCCAGUUCUGGACAUCGUGUGCUAGUUGUAAUUUGAAAUCUGUUGAAAUAGAGGUAUCAGCCAUGUGCUUGCCUGUUUGCUUUGGCAGUCAUGAGACUGGAACGUUGUUUUUCUGCAAAGGUAAAUGUUUAAAGUUCGACAAAAGGUCAAAUUUGGGUAAUUUUCCACUUACUCCAAUCCAAGACAUGUUUGCUGUUUGCUUCAUUAAUUUUGUAGCUAGAAAGGGAAAUGGAGCUUACAGACGCCAGGUUAGCACCAUUCACACUGAAAAGAGACGAUGUUUUUCGGAUCACACAGGUAAUGUAGAAACCUUGACGAACCUGUGCAAAAUACAGUGCAAUGCAAAGCUCUUGUAUAACUCUCCCGCUAACAUGAUGCGCACAAUACAUCACCUCACAGUUAAACACGGUGAGAGAAAAUAGAGACGCUAGCUAAGACUGAAUUUUUUUUUUUUGGGGCUAUAUAAACAUUUUUUGUUGUUUACUUGUUUGUUUAGCUUAAGCUAUACUAAUGCAUUUAACAAACUGGCUACAUAUUACGUUACAUUAACUACCACUUUGUAGCCUGGUCACUUAGGUUUCCAAGCAACUAAAACAUGGAACUGAGCAGUACACUGGAGCUUCUAGUGGUCUAGUGAAGGAACUUCUCAUUUGCCCACGCCUGCAAACUCCUUUAAAUCUCUCUCCACCAUCAAGCUGUUCAGAGUCUCAUUCAGACUCCACCAUUUUAUGAAAGAACAUCACUGAGCGAGAGAAAAUUGUUUUAAACUUCACUUUAGUCUGAACGGAUCUUUUAACCAAAAGUACCAUACGUAACUAAAGUACUUUAACGCGCUAAGAGCUAUGCUGCCGGGUAUUAUACUCUGAAAGCUUUUCAUCAGGUUCAAUAGCACUGUGUUGUAUGUGGCCGUGUGGACGUGCGUCUGUAUUUUGUGACCUAAAGUGUAUUUUAUAUCUCUAUAUCGAACAUAUUCAUGAAUUAAUCAAAAGAAAAUAUUGAUAUUUGAUGGGUGUUAGUUGUUUGUAACCCUCUAGUCUACCAGUCAAAAGUUUGAACACAGGUCCUCAUUUCUAGGUUUUUCUGUAUUUUGUAUUUUCUACAUUGUAGCACAAUACUGAAGACAUCAAAGCUAUCAAAUAACAUAUGGAAUUGUAUCUCUCAUUGAAUAAUUCCCAUGCAGGGAUUGGCCAAGGAUGGCUCAUGUGACAUAAAGUAGUUCCACCAUUGAUUUAAGGAUUAAGCAAUGCAUCUCGUGAUGUCAAAAAAAAAGAUAUGUGAGUCAGUCAUGAUGUAUCCUGGAUGUACAGUUAACUGGCAUCACAAUUUCAAGCUGGACAGCCGACUCGAGUCACAGCUGUGGUGCCGCGAGCAUUUCUGUGUGUGUAGAUCUGCGUAUCAUGAUCAUGCCUAGCAAGGCAGACGGUAGCAUGGUACAUUGCAUAUACGCAGGUUGAAGGUCGCUCUGACGUAAACAACAAACGUGGCUGCCUCCAGUGAGUUUAUGCUGAAAUUCGAUCUCGUAGGCGAUGAGGAUUUGGAGGAUUUUGUAAAUUAAAAUAUGGAUUAGCCAUCUUUAAAGGGGAACUGAAGUCAUUUUUUAAACUUGCUUAAUUUCUUAACGUGUUAUUCAAUUACGUUUUCAGUUUUAGUAACCUUGUAUCGUGACUUGUAUUGGCAUUGUAAUUGCAAUUAAAUAUUAUACUUAUCGGCCUAUUCGGUUUCUAGCCAUGUUGAAUUUAGUUCAUUUGGUCCACGGCAGGCGUCGCUUAUCCGCGUGAGCUUUGCAAGACUUGUGUGAGACUUUGAAACGUGAAGCGUCAGCGCCGCCAUUUUGAAAACUGUUUUCUGAACGAAAUAUUGCCCAAAAACGAGUUUAAGUGACGAUUGCUGCCUACUUUUUUUUCAAACUUUCCUGAUUGCUAUCAAAACAAAGAGAAAACUUCCAGUUUGAUUACGUCAGCAUUCGAAAGAGGGCGCGCGUGUCUUUUGACAACGUUGGCAGAUGUCGGUCACUUUGAUUUCCGCUGUAUGUUUUACUUCCAUCCUACAAUGUCUCGCACAGGUCUCAACGAAUCUCGUUUACGGCCAUUGCUUUGACAUAUGGACUGAUGUAUUACAGAGCAUAUUUCAAACAGUCAUAACUUGCUAUAGCAGUGACAAAAUGGCUAUCAAAAAUGCAUUUCUAUAUUUAAUAAAAUGAGAGAGAGAAUUUUGAUGAUAAAUUUGCCUUCAGUUCUCCUUUAAGGAAUUCUGCAAUUUUGUUGAAGUGAAUUAUGAAGAUUUUGGAAUUUUUUGAUGAGGGAUAUAAAUUUAAUAUACCAUGCACUGAGAGGCACCGGGAAUUAUGGAUUCUCUUCGGUGACUGGCGUAGUACAGGGUGUUUCAAAAAAUUUAAUAUUUCACAAUCUAAUAACUUUGCCAAUUCUUGUUCAGUUGACCUCAAAUUUUAACAGCAUGUGUGGAAACAGGUCACAAUUUUAUGUUUAAUGUUUUUUGUUUUAUCUUUUUAGGUACAGAAAUGCCAUUCACUGGAAAAGAAAAGACAUUUUGUGUGUUAAAGUAAGCUCGAACACAGUCGAACAAGAGUGUGCAGUGUGCAUUUGUGAGAGAAUUCUCUAAAAAUGCACCAACUGCAAUGCAAAUUUGGACACUGCACAAAAAGUUCAAAGAGGAAGGCUGUCUGUGUCGGUGUCUCAGGCGGCGUGCAUAUUGAAAAUUUGUGAAAUCAUUCAUGGAAUCCACGUACCUUUUUGAAUUUCUCAUUCAAAUUUUGAGGAAUAAAGCUUAAAUUGCUCAGCAUUAAGCCUGUUCAGUUUCAUUCGCCUAGACUAUGUAGUUUCUGGGAUAUUUACAUCUCAAAUAAGAUCACAUUUUUUGAAACACCCUGUACUGUGUUCUUUCGGGCUGUGCCCCUCACAAAAUAAUACUAUGCCAGUCACCGAUGAGAAUCCACAAUUACCGAAGCCUCCCAGUACAUGACAUAUUAGAUUAAUAUUUGGUAGCAAAAAAAAGUGUUAAAUCAGUUUCAUAUUUUAGAUUCUUCACAGUAGCCAGCGUUUACCUUGAUGACUUUGUACACUAUUGGCAUUAUCUUAACCAGCUUCAUGAGGUCGUCACCAAGAAUGCUUUUCAAUUAACAGGUCUGCCUCGUCAAAAGUUACGUAGUGCAAUUUCUUGCCGCCUUAAUGCAUUUGAGAUCAAACAGUAAAUAGCCCUAUUCCACAACUGUAGUAAUCCAUAUUAUGUCAAGAACCGCUCAAUUAAGUAAAGAGAAACAUCCAUCAUUACUUUAAGACAUGAAGUGAUUUUUAAUGAAUAAAAAUAAAGAAAAAACACUGAAUCAGACGGGGUGUCAUUCAAGUAGGUGUGUCCAAACUUUUGACUGGUAAUGUAUGUUUGGAAACGGUAUAAUAGGAUUCUGAAACGUACUGCAGAAUUGAACAAAUGUUAGUGGAGUGUUUUAACAGAUUUAAGUGAACAUGCUGUACGUAAUAACCGUGUAAAUCGUUCAUGGUUGAACACUGGAGAUCCUGUAGUAGAUACUUUUACUGCCAGUUGUCUCUGGUGAAUGGAUUGUAUUGAAAGUGUGUAAAUUCAUUAAAAAAAAAAUUAUUUUCCCAAAUAUCUUUCUUAACCAGUAAUAUAUGACUGGCAUUAUAAUUAAUUUUUAUCUUAAAAUAUAUGAACAAUGUUGGUGUCUUGACUGAAUGGUUUGCUUUUAAACCUUACGAAAGCUGUGGAUUUUUUUUUUUUUUAAAUAAACCAAAGUAGCUUUAGCAGAUUGUAUCUAUUCCAUUUCCUUCCAUAAUCCAGUACUCGUGACAUAUUGAAUAAUGAUAUUCGUAUUAAUGUAAUUCGUGAAAUACAGGAAACGUUACUUUGUUUGCAUGGAACUUUACAAACCAAAGCUUAUGGACCUUGUGGAUAAAUUCAAUCAUGGAUUGUGUUCUCACAAUAAUGUCUUGGUGUCAGUGUCUUGUAUACUUUACUAUGGUUUAUUGAGCUGAUGAAUUUGUGUUUUUGUGCUUUUAUUUGUAACCAAUACUUCAAGCACAGUACGUUGCACUCAUAUAGUGUUGUAUAUGAUUCUUUCAUUUGUGACUGACUGACUGACUGCACCACAAACAGAAUCUUAACUCGUGUUAAGGAUUGUUUUAUUACAUCUGACAAUGAGAGCCAUUAACUUUUAAUCAACUGGUUCUGACAGGGUUCUGGUUAAUGUUACUGAUGUAAUAGAUUAAGAUAAAGAGAUGUACAGCGAGUUAUUGCACAGAAAAUACUGUCAUUGCUAAAAGCAAUAUUUGGGGCCAAGCUCUUGCAUCAGUGCUCAUCUGAGCAGGUGAUGUGUUAUAAAAUUUGAGGACCGUUUGUGUGGAUGAUGUUCUCAUUGCAUGCUGAGUGUAGAGGGGUUUUUUUUUGUGUGUGUGUGGGUGGGUGUCCAACUAAAUAAAUAUAAAAAAAUUUCUAAAUA